GUGGAUGUGCGUACACGACGUAGCAAAAUUCCCUCCGGUUCAUGAUAAGAUAAGGGCCGAAUUCCCUCACGUUUGGUAACGUGUGCAAACCGGUACCGGUCACGGUCAGGCAACACCUGGCUGUCCGAGAAUAUGAUUUGGCACGUUUUCAUUUGGUUAGCCCCGCGUCAGAGUCGUGUCAUAUCUAGCUAUGGUUGGCCUCAAGCAUGCGCGCCUUCCCUCACUCUUUCAUCGCUUCCCCGCUUUCGUCCUUCAACUCUCUCCAUCACCCAGUACCACGAUAGUAUCUCAUGGGCAAUUGCGUCUCCCGUUCUCAACAACCCUUCACAGCCUCCUGUAGUUCGUCUGCUGAGAAGAAUUUAGGAAAUGGCAUUCUAGAUGGUCUGCCUAUUGCGGAGCCAACAACAUCGUUUUGGACAAUCCCUGCAGCUCCCGUAGCAACACACCAGUCGCAGGAGAACCUGCCAUCCCAUGCAGACGUCGUUAUUAUUGGAUCUGGUAUAUCGGGCGCCUCUUUUGCGCGAACCCUGCUUGAGCACGGAAACAGUCUUCAUGUUGUCAUGCUCGAAGCCCAAGAUGCUUGUUCAGGGGCCACUGGCAGAAACGGGGGACAUAUUUUUGCCGCUACAUAUCAUGACUAUGAAUACCUGAAGAAACGUGUGAGUGAAGACAUGGCAAAGAAGAUGAUGCGCUUCCGGAAGGCGCACUUGGAUGAGAUUCUGGCCGUUGCUGCAGAGGAAGGUAUCACAGAGUAUACACAGUGCCGUGCCGUCGAGGGUGUCGAUGUAUACUUCGAUAAGCCUACAUUUAGAGAGGCACAGCGGAAGCUGCAAGUAUAUCAGCGUGAUAUGGGUGAAUAUGCAGGUUCAUAUACCUGCUACGAGGGCUUAAGCGCCCAAGAGAAAUACCAUCUUUCGCCACUUGCGGUGGGAUGUAUUGCCACAAGGGCCGGUGCCAUACAUCCAUAUCGUUUCGUGACGUCAAUUUUAAGCCGCCUUCUUACAGAUUACCCCAAGGAAUUUGAACUUCACACCCGCGCACCUUGCACCUCGAUCGAUGAACCCACAUCAAGUCGUCCGUUUUAUAAACUUACUACAGCACGAGGGGUAAUUACGACCCCACAUAUUGUGCAUCUCACAAACGCGUACGCACCUGCCCUCCUGCCCUCUCUCAAGGGAGCUAUCUACCCCAUCCGAGAAACCAUGACCGCACAACGGCCUGGUCGUAAUCUCCAUGCAAGCACACUGCAUGGCAGGCGGAGCUUCGUGUUCUUCGACAGCCCACGCAAGGGUUUUGACUACUUGACACAGCUCCCAGAAGGCGAACACGAACUCAUGUUCGGUGCAGGCUUUGAAUCGCGCACGGAUGGUGGAGCUGAUGGCAUGUAUGGCGUACAUAGCGCAGCGCAUGUAGGCGGUGCAAUGCCAAUCUAUUUCGGAGCGGAGAGCUGGGGUGCCGAGGCCUUACCAACCACUCCCGCAGAUGAAAAAGAUGUCGGUGUAGGGUCAUGGGCAGAGGGACGAGUGAAGGCGAUUUGGAGUGGUCUGUUGAGCGAGUCCGCGGAUGGGAUGCCGUGGGUUGGACAGGUUCAUGUUAAUGUGGCCGGUAGGAAGGCACCUCCUGCUUCGUCUGCACCCUCUGCUCUGAUAGAUCCUCGUUCAAAUACGGAGAAGCCGAAGUCAGUUGCCACUGCCGCUCCUGGUGAGUGGAUUGCGGCUGGCUACUCUGGCGAGGGGAUGGUGCAUGCAUGGCUUAGUUCCAAGGCCGUCGCACUGAUGCUUCUCGGCGAGGAUCUCACUGAGGUGAAGACUUGGCUACCCGAGCUCUUCAGCGUUACGGAAGAGAGAGUCAAGAUGGCCAAGCGGACUUUCAAGCCUGACGUCGUGCUGAGCGGCAAGAGGCGUGUUUUCAGUCUGUAAUAAUACUAUUACCUAUGUCUAGGCACUCUUACUACCACUUAUGAUUCUAGUGUAUAAUAUUUUCAUGUGUGUGCGUGUAGUUUUGUUGGCUUGCAACUGGUUUACAUUAGUUUUCUGAAAACCUCGUCGAUUGCUGUAAUACUUGGUCAGACCUGGAUCUCUGACUGCACUGGCCAGGGUCGUGGGCUCGGAUGAUGCCCUCGAAUUCUCUAGUGCUGAAAGUACUG